UAUAAAUCACUACUCAAAUAUAAGAAAAGUCUUCAAUCUAAUCCUCCAUAGAAAAUGGAAACUCAAGCAAGCUCAAGAAUGAAGAAAUUUCUUCUAGUUAUAAAUUGUAUAAUUCUAGCAAUAGGAAAUUGUGGUGGCCCUUUGAUCACACGCCUUUACUUCAUCAAAGGAGGCAAAAGAAUAUGGCUAUCAAGCGGGCUAGAAACAGCUGGUUGGCCAAUUAUUUUCAUCCCUUUAGCCAUCUCCUAUUUCAACCGUCGCAAAUGCCAAGACAAAAUUUUAGCAACAAACGACAAUAACAACAACAAUAACAAUAAUAUAAAGAUCGUUCUGAUGACUCCUAGGAUUCUUAUAGCUUCCAUCGGGAUCGGAGUCCUAACCGGAUUCGACAACUAUCUCUACGCUUACGGCGUGGCUAAAUUACCUGUCUCCACAUCAGCACUUCUUAUCGCUUCUCAACUUGCCUUCGUCGCGGGCUUUGCCUUCCUCCUUGUGAAGCAAAAGUUUACAGCCUACUCCAUCAACUCCAUUUUUCUAUUGACACUUGCCGCGGUGGUAUUAGCCCUCCACGCUAAUGGUGACAGGCCGAAAGGGGAAGCAAAGAGGGAGUAUGCUCUAGGGUUUAUCUUGACACUUGGAGCUGCAGUUUUGUAUGGCCUUAUUUUGCCUUUGUUUGAGUUGUUGUACAAAAAGGCAAAGCAAAAUAUCACUUACACACUUGUAUUGGAGAUUCAGGCUGUGUAUUGCCUUUUUGCUACUGUGGUUUGCACAAUUGGGAUGAUAAUAAACAAGGACUUCCAGGCCAUUUCAAGGGAGGCAAAAACAUUUGAACUUGGAGAAGGCAGAUAUUAUAUAGUUAUAGUAUCGUCUGCAAUAAUUUGGCAAUGCUUCUUCUUAGGUGCCAUUGGAGUUGUCUAUUCUUCUUCAUCAUUGGUGUCUGGCAUUUUAAUUACUGUUCUACUUCCUGUCACAGAAAUUUUAGGUGUUGUUUUUUAUGGUGAAAAAUUCACAGCAGAAAAAGGUAUUUCUCUUGUGCUUUCUAUAUGGGGCUUCAUUUCUUACCUCUAUGGUGAUAUAAAAGGCAGCAAGUUGAAGACAGAAAAUCAAUCUCCAGAACAAGAGAUGAUUGAUAAAACUUGUACUCCUUGAUUAAAAAGAAUCAAUUAUAAUUAUUGCCAAGACCGGUACAUGUAAUUUUAUGAUCAAAUUUCACUGUACUUAUUGAAAGGUAACAAACAGAUUGUAUGUGUGGGGUUCCCUAAGAGUCCAGAGGCGGAUUCAGAUUAAAAGAGUCAUUUAUAAUUGUUGCCAGGACCAGUACAUGUGAUGUUAUGAAUAUAUUGACAUUACUUCUGAGAAAA